AUGAGGUGGCAAGAUACGGGUUCAAUGCAAAUAAGUAAUAUAACGCUGUUUUUUGGUGCUUGUGACGGAAGAAGACAAGCUGGAAGUGGAUUCGCGGUAAACAACAAGCUACUAACAGCUGUAAAAAGUCUUAAAGUUAUAAACCCUAGAUUAACGAUCUUGACACUGGAUACAAAAUGGUUUGGAGUAGUCUUCAUAAAUGUACAUGCUCCAACAGAGGACAAAGAUGAUAAUGAAAAAGAUGAUUUCUACUCGUUGUUAGACAAUACACUGUGUGAGAUACAAAGAGGCUGUGUACAAAUCAUAUUAGGAGAUUUUAACGUAAAAAUCGGACGUGAAGAAUGUUUUAAGCCGAUAAUAGGAGGGCAUAGUCUACACCAGUUAUCGAAUGAUAAUGGGUGCAGACUUAUUGACUUGGCAACGGGAAGAAAUCUAAGGGUUAAAAGUACCAUGUUCCCUCAUAAGAACAUACACAAAGGUACAAGGAGGUCACUAGAUGGACGACAUGUAAAUUAA